GCUGUCAAACCUACAAGUUUAUGUAUAGAUCUGGAGCUGGACACUGGUUCCGGAUGGCUUACAUAAUUUUUGAGGAUUUCUCAGUCGUAGUCGUUCUGUAUAUUUUUAAACGUCAAAUGGAGAUUAUGUUUUAGCCUCUCCACGAUCCCUUUUUCUAAAUAUGCUUCAUAUCCAGGGAUUUGGAAAUUGAUAGUGAAGGAACAAGUUUAGUGUCCAAAUAUUGCAACUUGAAGUUGAAGAACUGGCAAUGUUGUAUUGUGGGUCGGGCCGUGUGUUUAUUUUUUUUUCGGAUUUGUAUUUGGCAAUAAGCUAAAAAACGGUAUUUUAUUGUGAUGGCGAACUUGAACAGAUCAUUCGUGUAUGGAAUUGGCUUUGCCUCAGCGACAUGGAUCGUCUCCUUAUACCUAUAUUUCCAAAUAGCUAGACAAGACAUGUUUCUAGCAAAAUCAUCUACCCAACCCCCUUGGGGUCUCAAACAGGAUCUAUUAUCCUUUGGAGAUGAAAAGUUCAAUAAAAAAUCAUUCAGACAAAACUUACGCCCCGCUUUAAAGCUGCAGAAGUAUCAAAAACCAGUAGAUGAAGACCUGCUUGAACUAGGCAUGAUUAAGGAUAAAGUAGACCAAAAAACUAAAGAAGAUGGGUAUAAAAUACACGCAUACAAUAUCCUGAUAAGCAAUAGAUUACCGUUAGAUCGAGAUUUGCCUGAUACAAGAAAUCCUCUAUGUAAAAGCAAGACUUAUGAGGCAGACCUACCAAAAGCAAGUGUGGUGAUAUGCUUUUAUAAUGAACAUUUCCAAACAUUGCUCAGAACCAUUCACUCGAUACUGAAUAGAACUGCAUCCGAACUUCUAGAAGAAAUACUACUGAUAGAUGAUUACAGUGAUGCCAAAAAUUUAUAUGCUGAUGUUGAGAAGUAUAUGAAAGAACAUAGUUUACCUAAAGUAAAGUUGAUGAAGACAGAACGCAGAGAAGGAUUGAUAAGGGCUAGACUUAUUGGUGCUAGAAAAGCAACUGGAAAGGUCCUAGUAUUCCUAGAUAGUCACAUAGAAGUCAACAUUGACUGGCUAAGACCUUUGCUCCAGAGGAUAAAAGAGAAGAAAACAAAUGUUGUUAUGCCAAUUAUUGAUAUCAUCAAUCCGGAUACUUUUGAGUACACUGCAAGCCCUUUAGUAAGAGGAGGAUUCAAUUGGGGGCUGCAUUUUAAGUGGGAGAACUUACCAAAACACACCCUAGUAACCAAGGAUGAUUUUGUAAAACCCAUCAAGUCCCCUACAAUGGCUGGAGGUCUUUUUGCCAUUGACAAGAGCUACUUUGUUGACAUAGGAGAAUAUGAUGCUGGCAUGAACAUUUGGGGUGGUGAGAAUCUAGAGUUGUCUUUCAGGAUUUGGAUGUGUGGAGGAUCACUUGAGCUCAUCCCUUGCAGUCGUGUAGGCCAUAUCUUCAGACAUCGAAGACCAUAUGGCUCGCCAGAUGGAGAAGAUACCAUGUUACACAAUUCAUUGAGGGUUGCCUACGUUUGGAUGGACGAAUACAAGGACUUCUUUUUGAAUCAACGUCCUGAGUCGAGGAAAAUAGAUUAUGGGGACAUUUCUUCCAGAAUACAACUAAGGAAAGAACUAAAAUGCUAUGACUUUGAUUGGUAUUUAAAGAAUGUUUAUCCUGAGUUAGCGUUACCUACUGAUGACGAAGCAAGAUUGAAGAAAAAGUGGUCCCAAGUUGAACAAGACAAAUAUCAACCUUGGCACUCUAGGAAGCGAAACUAUGUGGACCAAUACCAGAUUCAACUAGUGAAUAGUAGCUUGUGCAUACAGAGUGCCAAAGAUGUCAAAACUAAAGGUAGCAGGUUGAAACUAUUGCCUUGUAAAAAGAGCAAAGCACAAAGUUGGUCAGAGACAGACAAGAGUGAGCUGGUUCUAGCGCAACUUCUGUGUUUGCAGUCAGGAAAAGUGGCGCCAAUUUUGUACAAAUGUCAUGAGAUGGGUGGGGACCAAGAGUGGAAACAUAAAGGUGGAAAAAAUACUCCUAUCUACAAUCUAGCGGCAGGCAUGUGUCUGGCAGCUCAAAGAAGGGUGGUAAAUGCAGCUGUUGUGAUGAAUUUGUGUACAGACUCGAAUGGACUCAGCAAUUGGAAUCUUGUUCCUUGAAUUCUUAGGAUAGUUUUGUGAAAAUCUCUUUUUAUAAUAAGGCUGAUGAAAAUAUUUUAUUUUGUAUACAAAGUAAUUUGUCCCCUAUCAUUGCACCCUGAAAAUGAUAAAACAGACAAACUGAGAAAUGAAUUUGAGGUAGUGCUAUGGUAAUGUUGUGCUAUGUGAACUGUUGUCCUUUUGUGAAGUUCUUCUAUCAUUCCAGUAUUUUGAUAUGUUAGUUUUUUAACUUUUAUGAGUAAAGAUUCAUAAAUUGUA